GGGCGGGCGGGGCCGCGGGGCCUGGAGCCGGGCCGCCAGCCGCUGCCUCCGCCGAGACGGGCCAUGUCGGGGUUCAGCUGGGGCUACGGCGAGCGCGACGGUCCUGUUCAUUGGAAUGAAUUUUUCCCUAUUGCUGAUGGGGAUCAACAAUCUCCGAUUGAGAUUAAAACCAAAGAAGUGAGAUAUGAUUCUUCCCUCCGACCUCUUGGUAUCAAGUACGACGCCAGCUCAGCUAAAAUCAUCAGUAACAGUGGCCACUCCUUCAAUGUUGACUUUGAUGACACGGACGACAAAUCAGUUCUGCGUGGGGGCCCCCUCACUGGAAGCUACAGGUUACGGCAGUUUCACCUUCACUGGGGGUCCGCUGAUGAUCACGGCUCCGAACACGUGGUGGACGGCGUGAGGUACGCUGCAGAGCUCCACGUUGUUCACUGGAAUUCAGACAAAUACCCCAGCUUUGUUGAGGCAGCUCAUGAGCCAGAUGGACUAGCUGUCUUGGGAAUAUUUUUGCAGAUUGGUGAACAUAAUCCCCAACUGCAAAAGAUUACUGACAUUUUGGAUUCCAUUAAAGAAAAGGGUAAACAAACUCGGUUCACGAAUUUCGACCCGCUUUGUCUGCUUCCUCCGUGCCGGGAUUAUUGGACGUAUCCUGGCUCUCUUACGGUCCCACCUCUUCUGGAGAGCGUCACUUGGAUCAUUUUAAAGCAGCCUAUAAACAUCAGCUCCCAACAGCUGGCCACGUUCCGCACCCUCCUCUGCAGCAGGGAGGGUGAAGCAGCGGCGUUUCUGCUGAGCAAUCACCGUCCACCACAGCCUUUGAAGGGCCGAAAAGUGAGAGCCUCUUUCCGUUAAAAGUCAUCACCAAGAGACCACCCCAGACAUGUCUGUGGAAACAAAACAAACACAAAAUUCCCUACUAACCGUUCUUUCCUAGAAUUGUAAUUUAUAGGGUGCCUUUUAUGGGGUGACAUAGCCGUUUUGCCAUCAGCUUGUGCCCAAAGAAAAUCAGAUCUUUUGAAUCUAACUGACUUAAGUCACCUGUCUCAGGUUUGCACUCUUGGGUAUACAGGCAACAAACCUUGUUUGAUGUGUAUUAAAGCCCAUUGAAUGCAUCUGUUUCAACCUGUGUGACCACAUGGCGGGCAUUGUAAACCUCAGAAUGUACUAGGAAUCAUCCCUUGCCAUACAGACUGACCAGUCACAUCUCUCAGGGUGUUGGCGAUAUACUUAAAUUCAUUCCCAGAAUGAUAGGAUUGUGGUACCUUUUUCUAAACAAGUGAUUCUGCUGAAUAUCUUGAUGUCUUUCCAAUUCAUAAAAGUAGAUACUAUUUCCUUUUAAAGUGAAUUUGCAUUUGGAUUAUGUUGCUGGUUUUCGUUUCAGAGUACUUCUAACAAAACAAACAGAAUGAGAGCUAUGGAGAGAUGGGAUAUAGUGAAUUAAAGCAUCUAUUCCACAGCUCAAGAAGAGCCCAUCCAGUGUUUGUGAGGACUUCCCCAGGAUAUAAAUAGCUAUUUAAACUUUAAUGACUUACAGCAUCUAUCUCAUUCCCUUGGUGAUGCUAACAAUAAACUGGCUAAUAAUUGAUCAGACACAGUGAUUGUCAGUUUAUGGCAUAAAUGAUGUUCAUGGCAUGGUUUGAAACUAAUGAGGUACCAUGCAGGCAGAGCUGCCCAUGGGCUCGAGGAAAAGAUUGCCUGAUUUUGCCCUGUGUUUUGGCAGCAGGGCAGAGAGCAGCCUGUGAAGAUCACUGUUUUGUCAACUAAUGGGGAAAAUUACUUGAGUCUCAAAUACUUACUCAGUCCACAGUCCCAUCAACCAUUUCCAUAGCAACACCUAUCUCUCCUGACGCACAUGUCCCUCCAUCUCUUAAGCAGUUUUGUAAGCUGGCUCUUGAUUCUCACUUUAAUCUGUUAUCUCAUGUAUUUUUGCUUGGUUUUGGUGAAGAAGAAAGGGAGAGGUCCUUCUGCUCUUUCUGGGACAAAGGGAGUGACACUAAGCAUUAACUUAAUAAUCAAAUUUAAGACGAAUACAUACUACACUUCUGUCAUCUUCUGAAAGAAGUUAAUUGAGUUUCCUUAAUUGUGAUGAUUUGUUUCAGACACCUGUCUUCCUCUGGUUGUAGAUUUUCAUAACUGGAAGUAUCCAGUAAAUUGUGUAAUAAUGACAUAUAUGUUUGCUUUAAGACGAGCUCCUAAGAUGAAAUGCCUUUGAUUUUCUUUUCCACUUUACGUUAUCUAGCUUGAGGCCUUGUAGGAGAUUGACAUAUAAUAAAUAUGUAAUUAAUUGAAUAUUUGAAAAACUUUA